CCCCCCCUCUCUCUCUUUUGCAUCUCACCCUUUAAGUAUCAGUGUGAACUGGACGUGGCUGUAACGUGCCUCCUCUUUUCCGCCUCCAUCUGUCUCCUCUCCUCUUGUUCCUCAACUUUUGCCCUCGUCAACAAUCUACAGCAAAUACACAUCUAUAUGUUUUAAUUGAUCUUAUUUGCGCUGCGCGUCAUCUCACCUCCCAUCGUGGCCACGCAGAGCGCGCGCUAGGAAUCGGCUGCAGCAUCAAGGUCCCUGGUGUUGAACGAACCCUCAUAUCUGCACAGGAUGUGCUGACGUCUCCCGUUGUUUCUCCAGCUCUCCUCUCUGAAAUGGAGCUCUCUCUGCAGGGUUCCGCUUCAAAUGUUUCCAAAACCUUCCUCAACACCAGCAUGGCACUAAAUGGAACUGGGAACUACACCAACAACCAGUUCAACGACGUCAACCUCCUGGAAAUCCUGGGUCCAAAACGAUCGCCCUUCUUUCUCCAGGUGACCAGCGUUUAUCUCCUCAUCUUCCUCACGGGCCUGUCUGGAAAUCUGCUCACGUGUGUGGUGAUAGCGAAGCACAAGAAGAUGCGUAACCCCACGAACCUGUACCUGGUGAGCCUGGCCAUGUCGGACCUCCUGGUGCUGCUGUUCGGGAUGCCCCUGGAGAUUUACGACCUGUGGCAGAACUACCCGUUCCCCUUUGGCGAGGGCGGCUGCUACUUCAAGACCUUUCUGUUCGAGACGGUCUGCUUCGCCUCGGUUCUCAAUGUGACGGCUUUGAGCGUGGAGAGGUACAUCGCCGUGGUGCAUCCCCUGAAAACUCGAUACCUAUCAACGAAUCAGCACGCCAGGCAGGUCAUCACCGUCGUGUGGGUCGUGUCGAUGAUCUGCGCCAUCCCCAACACCUCACUACACGGCAUCUUCUACCUGCCGGAGAGAAUGGAGGAGUCGGCCAUAUGCACCGUGCUGAAGCCCCUCUGGAUCUACAACAUGGUCAUGCAGAUCACCACCGUGUGCUUCUAUUUCGUGCCCAUGAUGGUGAUCAGCAUCCUGUACCUAGUGAUGGGUCUUCAUCUGGGCAGAGAGUCGCGGCAGCCCUGCGGCAACCUGGGAAAGAACUGCAGCAGCAACACUCGGAAGAAGAUCAGCGCGGAGAGCGGCCGCAGGAGACAAGUCAUCAAGAUGCUCUCGAUUGUGGUGGCUGUGUUCGGAGUCUGCUGGGCGCCCUUUCACAUUGAGCGGCUCCUGUGGAGUUCCAUUAGCCAGUGGACCGACUUGAUGCACAAUAUUUAUCAGUACGUUCACAUCCUGUCAGGUGUCCUGUUCUACCUCAGCUCCGCGGUCAAUCCCAUCAUCUACAGCCUGCUCUCGACCCGCUUCAGGGAGAGUUUCAGAGAACUCGUGUGCUCCCAGACUGAGGACAACAGCUCUGUCAGAGACUCGCCACCCUUUCCCAAAAUCCUCCUGGGUCCCUCCGUCUCAAGCUCCAGGGCUCAGGCGAAGGGACAUUUUAGAGUCUCCAGUCAGCCUUAUCUGCAUGUCUCUGGACUGUGGGGGGAAGCUGCAAUAGCCAAGGGGAACCCAUGCAGACACAGGGAGAACAUGGGGCCAUGGUCCACCAUCAAGUUCGAAACCCACUUGUGCUAACAGUGCUAACCCCUGCACCACCAAGCCGUCACUCAGGGAUGCUGGAGGUCAGUCAAAGUUGGGGGGGGGGGGUCCUUCCUGAGAGAAAGUUGAAAUAUGAAACACAGAAAAUACACUAGACGUUCAAAAAAUGAAAUCAAAUGUUAGAAAAACAAGGCUAGCAUGCUACUUUGGAAAUAUUACUCUAGAAAAUAAAAUAAAUUAAACCUUUGCAGUUACACUCCUUGUCAGCAGGGGGUGCUGCAGCCCACUCAGUACCCCUGCUGUCCUCCAAGGACCAUGCCCCCACUUCAGUUUUAAACUAUUAAUUUUUGUUGCACAGUUUUAAUAUUUACACUCACACCUAUCUCUUCUUGCAAAAAAUAAAUAAUUAGAAUUUUACAAAAUUAUUCCUUUAGUCUUACUGUGUUUUAUUGCAAAGCUUAUACGUAGACUUUGGAUUGGUUCCUUUGUUAAACUCGCACUACUCCCCCUGUACGCUGCACGACAAACAACGCACAACAAAGCUGAAAAUCUGUCCUACGCUAAACGGAUUCACCAACAAAUUCGGGCACAAUUGCACAGCGAACGCCCGAAAUGACGACGGAUGAUCUUGUUCAACAGUGCCUGCACAUUCCACCUGUCCAAUACCAUAACUGCUGUUUGCCUUAUAGGAUGGACCCAGUGGGGAAGUGGUUCUGUGAUAUCUGACCUGAAUAAUGAUGUUGUACUUGAAACAUCUUGUCUUUGUGGAACAUUGAUGUUGUGUUGCUGGGCAGCGAAAACAGGUCAAAUCAUUCUUUGUUUAAAAAAAACAAAACAAAUGAAUGUGAUGCUUUAACGUGAGCUUCUACUCUGUUUUUGUCUCUUGGUGAAUGGCCUGCCCUCAUGUACAUGAUUUGAUUGACUGGUAAGCUCUUGUUCACUGUGAUUGCAAAAAUGAAAAGUGAUUAUGGCUUUUGUGCAGUGCCUGAUAUGAAAAGCUUCACAAUAAAUGUCUAAGCUAUCCGCACAUGGCUUUG